GGGAAGAGAAAGACAAAGAGAAAGGAACUGAAGGAGUCUGUCUAUCGGUAUCUCUAUCUCGGUCUCGAAUGGUCUCAUUCGGUAUCUUCCUUCGAGGAUCUUCCGCGCUGCUCUUGCGCUUGCUCUCGUCCGGAGAGGGGUUUUGUUCUGUUGUGGGUGUAGUUUAAUGGUUUUGUAUUCGGGAGAGGAGCAAGGGGCAGCAAAGCAAAGCCGGACAGACAGACGGACAGACAGACGGUUGGGUUGGGUUGGGUUUAGGGGCUGGGAGUGGUUCCUUGUUGUCCUCCCUGCUGCCUUGCUCUGCUUCCUUUGCCUUGUGCUUGUGUGUGCCACACAGCGCUCUCCUCUCCAGACAGACCGUCUUUCGUGUUCUCUCCCCGCCUGUUGUAUUCGCUGCUGCUGCUUUUCUGCAGCAGCUGCCAGCAAUUGCCUUGCCUCGCUCGGCGCCUGCAAGCAGCAGCAAUAUGCUCGCAAUGGAUGCGCGGGUCAGCCAGCGAGCGUGAGCCGGAGUACAAGGACGGGCCAGAUUCGCGUGGUCCGGAUAGUUGCCACUGUCUUCCUGCUUCGGCAAUCGGAAAUAAUCCAACAGGACGCGAGCAAGAUCAGAAGUUGGAGUGGGCAGGCAGGAGCGAGAGAGGGCGUUGCGGGUCGGGAUUUGGAGUAAAACCAGCGUCUGGGCGAGUGAUCUUCCGAUACGUCGAAGAUUGUGGGGGAGAUCGGAGAACGGGAAGUGGAUCUUGAAGAUUGACACACAGAGCGUGGGAUCGUGAAGGAUUUUGAGCAGGCUGAGAUUUCUCGUACGAGGCGAGAGGGAGAUGGAUUAGGGUUUGGAGAGAGUACUAUGGAGUGUAGGGGUGGUAUGAGCUCGUAGUGGAUUCAGGUGGCCAAUGAAAUCUUUAGGUUGAGGAUCGAGAAAUCAAGGGAAGGCGCGCUGGAAACGGAGCGAGACGGAUUGAAGUUGAAUUUGAACCAUGCGGAAGAGAGAGAGGGAGAAUCCGUGCUAUGUAUGUGGACAUUAUCACAAAUACGAAGAUGGUGAGGUUUGUGGGAUUUGUGGGCAUCGACAGCAGGAAGCGACGGAGAAAGGGCCGCAACAAAGUGCAUUUUCCACCGAAAUUCUUCCAGCGUUCUUGUACCUGGGCAGCUAUGAUAAUGCAUCCAGAGCAGAACUCUUGAAAGCUCAGGGCAUCACACGCAUUCUCAAUACUGUACCAGCUUGUCAGAACCUCUACAAAAAUUCCUUCAGCUAUUACAGCUUGAAAGAAGACAAGACACUACCAUUGGAUGAGUGCGUGGAGUACGUUGAGCAAAGCAGGAGGGAUAAAGCGAGAGUGUUGGUGCACUGUAUGUCUGGCCAGAACAGGUCACCUGCAGUAGUUAUUGCAUAUUUGAUGCGGCACAAACGAUGGCGGCUUCCGGAAAGCUAUCAGUGGGUGAAGGAACGGAGGCCAUCAAUAAACCUAACCUCUGCUAUAGCUCAGCAACUGCAAGAGUACGAGGUGGAAGUCUUCGGAAAUUCGGCAACGCAAGCUCCAAUGCUGAGCACUCCAACUGGAGUGGCCUUCGGCUUUGGAUAUCCAUCGGCCAACUCAGACAGUCCUCCCGUUCCCAUAUUUAGUCACAAUCCACCGAGUUCAACUGCAGUAGCAGCAGCUGUUCCUGCACAAUUUUUAUUCGGCUCUGGAAGCGGUCCUCUCGGUUCGAACUUCGUAUUUGGAGCUGUCAGACCGGACCAAUCAAUAGGUGGGAGUAGUAUCAUAAUGGAUCAGACUAUGGAUAGUUCUUGAUUCGUUGUCGCUCUUCUUUCCCGUGUUUCCACUUACAUCCUUGUACAAAUGAUCCUGCCUGCAUGCAUUUGCUCUAUUGGUAUUCCGUUUAGAAAAGUCUUUUCAGGAUUGCUUACGCUGUUGCUCACAAGCAGCUGAGUGUGUUUCCACACUGAAUCCUUCACUUGUGCUGUGUACUGUCCAACGGACAUUGGAUGAGGGACAGCAGUGGUUGAAUAUAGUGCAAUUUAUUGGUACAUUUGCUGUCAGCAGUAACAACAUACCGUAGUGGUGUACAGGAGCCUUCAGUCAUCUGAAAUGCUUUUGAAAGUACUUGAGCAAGAUGUGGCUUGAGAUAUAUCCUAUUGGACAUCCAUUAUUUGUACCCAAAUUGUUAGUGAAGAAGUUACUUUUCUUCGUCUCUUGGUCAGAUCUUAAAAAAUAAUAUAGUAACAGAUGUGUAUUAGAUCCCAUCAAUUUUGUGCGAUGUGCUAAGUUCACGUCAAGGGUUAUGAACAUAAAUAACUCCGUUCAUGUUGCUCACUGUUUUGUGGUCCGAUAUCAGAGUUCUUACGAAACACUCUUUUGUAGAAAAUGUGCACAAGUACUUGUUUUGAACUAAGUAAAUUUGGCAAUUUUUG